GGGCGUCGGGACCCGGAGACUGGGGGUUGAGGGCUGUCCUGGCAGGUGGCUGCGGCGGGAAGAUGGCGGAGCUGCGCGCGCUGGUUGCUGUCAAAAGGGUCAUCGACUACGCAGUGAAGAUCAGGGUUAAGCCUGACAGGACAGGUGUGGUCACUGAUGGUGUGAAGCACUCCAUGAACCCCUUCUGUGAGAUUGCUGUGGAGGAGGCUGUGCGACUCAAGGAAAAGAAGCUGGUGAAGGAGGUCAUUGCUGUCAGCUGUGGUCCUGCUCAGUGCCAGGAGACCAUCCGCACUGCCCUGGCCAUGGGUGCAGACCGAGGCAUCCAUGUGGAGGUUCCAGCUGCCGAGGCAGAACGCUUGGGUCCCCUCCAGGUGGCCCGGGUCCUUGCCAAGCUGGCAGAGAAGGAGAAGGUGGACCUGAUGCUGCUGGGCAAGCAGGCUAUCGAUGAUGAUUGUAACCAGACAGGGCAGAUGACAGCUGGAUUUCUGGACUGGCCACAGGGUACAUUUGCCUCCCAGGUGACGCUGGAAGGGGACAAGGUGAAAGUGGAGCGGGAGGUUGAUGGGGGCCUGGAGACUGUGCGCUUGAAGCUGCCUGCUGUGGUGACUGCUGAUCUGAGGCUCAACGAGCCCCGCUAUGCUACGUUGCCCAACAUCAUGAAAGCCAAGAAGAAGAAGAUUGAGGUGAUCAAGCCUGGGGAUCUAGGCGUGGACCUGACCUCUAAGCUCUCGGUAGUCAGCGUGGAGGACCCACCCCAACGCACAGCUGGUGUCAAGGUGGAGACCACUGAGGACCUGGUGGCCAAGCUGAGGGAGAUUGGGCGGAUCUGAGCCCUCUCUGAAACUUGGCAAUAAAACUGACUCUCAACAUCU